GGCGCUGUUCACUUUUAGGGUAUUUGCUAGAGAGAGAGAAAAAAAAACUUUACGUGAGAGAAUAUCCUCCAGCAGGAAAUCAUGCAAACAUAUCUUUUUCCUUUUGUUUUGAAAAAAAAGAACCACUCGAAAACUUGCCUUUGGGCUGCACGAAUUCACUAUCUUUGAGCGUUUCUUUUUGGCUUUGGGGCAUGUCUUCCUGCAGGUAUAUCACGUGAGCUAGUUGAGCGCGUUGAUUGGCUAACCGUAAUAUUUAUUACUUUGCGCGAAGAUAUGUGUAGAAAUGGUGCGAGUGAGACGAAGUGCCCAGACACAAGGAUAAGAUUUGAGACUGGGAAAGCAAAUACUGGGCAAGGACAUUGUAGACAGCGGGGGUGCAGCAUGGUAAACAAGCAAGGUUAAAGUCUGUCAGCUUUCAUCAUGGGUCUCCGCUUACUGGUGUGCAAAACCUUAAAGCAGCCUUAGAUUUGGAAAUUGGAUCUGCCUGAUGGAUUUUUCUAGGACACCCAAUGGAAUAAUUGAACAUUUUGUGAAGACGGGAGUUCUUUUUUUAAAUACUAGAGACAGAUGAGUUUCUACCCGGCCUGUGCCUUGUCACCUAAUCAUAGCGAUGAAAAUAAUCAUAUUGCUGAAUGUUAAAUCAUUGAUGCUCACAAUCCACAAACUUGAAAACAGAACUGAAGGUCAGUGUUUGUCUGGCCAGUACUGACCAUCCCCACUGGGCCCUGUUAAUGACCACCACAGCCUUGAAGCUUUGAAGCCCUGCAGGGCAGCUUGAAAGAAACUGUGGAGAGGUUCAACACCAUCUAUCUCUCGUCUGUGGGAUUUGUACUAGUACUGCAGCAGGUCAGAGUGUGGUUGACGCAAGGUGCUUAAGUGAACAGCAUUGGAUUGCCAGUACGUUCUAUGAGUCAUAGUUAACUGGAACAAGUUGAAGUACGUGUAAUUUAAUUUGAGGCCUGCUGCAUCACUGAGACUAUAACAUUCCCGAAAGAAGAGCAGUCACAAGGAAGCCCUUUGUCAUCAGGUGAGGGCUGCCAGUACUUCUCCUAGAUCAACUUUGAUCGUGUACGUUUACCCUGCAGCUCAUGCCAGUGAUGCGGCCUGUUUUAUGUGGAGCAACAAAUAUCGUGGACCCUAACACUCCCUUACAGUGAGUUCUUUUCAGUUCACCAGGAAGAGCAGGAAGGACUAGUUACAAGGGGUUAGAGUCCGGGGGCGAGGACAACACCAUGCAGAAGAUUCUUCGGUCUCCUGUGACCAUGAAGAAGAAGAUCAACAGCAAGACCUUUGGUGUCCCCCUGAAAGAGCUGGCUAGAGGCCCUACGGGAGUCAGGGUACCAGUCUUCAUCAAGAAGAUAUGCGAGUUCAUUCAAAUGCAUGGUAUCGGGCACGAGGGAAUCUUCCGCAUCAACGGUAGCACCCGGGUGGUGGAUAAGAUGAAGGCCAUGAUUGACAAGAUGGGGGAUGCAGAUUUGGAGGAAGCGGGAGACGUGAUGGCCGUAGCGAGUCUCCUCAAGCUCUUCCUCAGGGAAUUACCGGAUCCCAUCAUGACUGAAGCAUUGCAUCUUAAGUUCAUUAAUACCCAACUAGCCAAUCAAUCCAAUCCUGAUGAUUGCAUCAAGCAGCUCAAGGCUCUCUUACAGCAGCUUCCUGAGGAGCAUUACAUUGUCUUGCGUUACCUGAUCCGAUUCUUGGUCAUGGUAUCGCAAUAUGAAAACACCAAUAAGAUGAACUCCAUGGCAUUGGCCAUUGUGUUUGGCCCAAACCUCUUCAGGUGUAGCGCAGGACUGGAUGGCCUACGAGAGCAAGGCAUCACAAACAUCAUUGUCCGGAUGUUGAUCGACGACUACGAGGCCAUCUUCAAGAAUGAAGAGAAGGAGGAGAUUUCCCCUCCCCCUGCCCAGCCACCAGGGUCAAAGUGCAUCCAGGUGCAGUCAACGACCUCUAAGAAGUCACCUCCAGUCAAACCAAUGCCUUAUCAAGACUACAUCAGACAGAAGGAAGCUAAAAAGAAGAAGGAUUCUGAUGAGCAGCGGGACUACAACAGUAACUCAUACACCGAUACCAACAGGGAAGAAAUGAAGAAAGUUGAGGAUUGUCGAGAUUGUGAUUCACCAGCAGGUGGUCUUCUCAGCCCGAGGGAUGUUGGUGUUGAAGAAAGAGCCUUCUCUCCUUUCAACUUAGAUAGUGAGACGGGAACCAGUACAGCGCCCUCACCUGUCAUAAAUGAUAUAACGUCAGAGCUUGUGGAAAAGACCAUUCAGGAGACUGUCUCAGAGCAUCUGUUUGGUCAGAGCCCUUCACCGGACAGAGAGGAAACCCUCACUACACCAUCACCAGAAGUGCCAGUGCCUUCACCACGACGGAGAUGGCAGAAGAGACAAGAACAAGACAGAGAGAAUAAAGACACCAAUAAUGGCGUCGAUUCCCCUGACGGUCAAAGCACGUCUUCUGUCGAGGAGAUCUGCCCCUCAAUCCAAGACCGUAUCCGAUCAUUUUCUUCCUCGGCUCCUGAUAACAAAUCCCCUGAGAGCUCACCUAAAGUCAAGCGGAAACAUCAGCCAUCUUCAAAAGCAUUUGAAGUGUUUGAAACUCAGGGAAUAGUAAUUGGUCCCGGACCGAGUGAAGUUUUUGUGACAAAAAAGAAACAGAGCACUUCUUCAGCAAUUCCUCUCAUAAUUGACGACCCCAGGAGGGACCAAACCAACAGUUGCAGCCCGCUGUCAAGGAAAAAAGCCCCUGAGCCCCCCACGCGGCCCUCACGGGGGAAGGCCCACCUACUCAAGUCCAAGGGUCAGGAGAAAAGGCCGCAAGAGUCGGGGUCACCAGGGUCAGUCUCUGGAUCACCGAGGUCCAAGUCGCCGAGGUCAUACUCCCCAAGGUCCAAUUCCCCGAGGUCAAUCUCGCCCAAGUCCAAUUCGCCACGAUCAAAUUCACCCAAAACGUAUUCACCCAAUUCGGAUUCCCCCAAGUCAAGGUCACCCAGGUCUAAAUCUCCAAAGUCUCAAUCGCCAAAACCGAUGUCUGUACGCAACAACAGAUUGUCCGUGAAGGACGGUUCUUCCUGUCAGCCGUCAGGCAAUCCUCAGGAUUCAGAAAUCCAUGCAGAUUUCGACAGUCUCCCCUGCAACUCCCCGACACUGAAAUCGUUGACAGCAGGAAGAAUUGCACCUCCCAAAAACAGAAGGUCCCCCUCAAACAGGAGGAGUAAGAUACCUCAAUCGGAGCCGACAAGACGAAAUGUGACUGGUGCCCGGCCGUACACUGAGCCAUUAUCCAUCAUCAUACCGGGGAGUGAACCCAUGGCAGAGGGCUUGGGCCUACCCCAGGAGGCGCCCCAGCCUAAACCCCGCAGGAAACACUCCGGUGUUGAGGCCGUGUCUAUGGGAGCAGAGCCAAGCCAGGGUCUGUCGGGGGAGCUGGAGACGCUGAUGAACGGGGGGCAGGAUGCGGCCAAAUCGCCACCCAAAUCACCGCAGCGACGCGAGCAUGCUGUCCCCCCGCUGAACCUUACCAGCUUGCACGAACAUGCAGACGGUGAAGAGCCUAUACCAGCAUGGAAAGCAAGACAUCAUUUCCAUGACAAUAACCAAGAAGCCAUGCUCUCUCCACGCUCGCUCAAACUACAAACCAUUACUCAUCUGAGUGACCAGCUGGAGGCCCCAUUGUCUCCUAGAGCAAGAAACACACCACUCAACUUCCCCAGUGUGUCACAUGACACGGACGUCCCACCAUCCCCUCCUUCGUCACAGCCAAUUCUGACCUGUGUGUCCAAAAGAACUGAUAAACUUCCUGAGGAGACCGAUACAAUGAGCAUCAAACAGCUUACCAAGCAGAUCAGAACCCUGAAGAGGAAGAUACGACAGUAUGAAGAGGAGUUUGAAGAUCAGCAUGGAUACAAGCCUUCCCACCUUCACAAGACAUCCCAACCCCAAAUUAAGAAAAUGAUGGGAGAAUUGAAGAAAGCCAGCAAACAACUUAAAGAAGCCAAAGAAAAUGCGGCAAAGGCCAAAGUGCCCUUGUCCAACACCCUGCCGGCCAAGAUGAUCAGCCGGAAUCUGACUAAACAGUUUGAAGAAGCCACAACACUGACCAACAUGGAGAUUGCUCUGAGGGAGGCGGAAACCAGACUACAAGAAAAGAGAGACGAAGCCGAUAGACCUGAGGAUAUACUUAUAAUGAACAAGGAACAAGUGCAAGAAGAGAAGACAGCGAUACAGAAAGCAUUGUUACAAAUGGAGAACAAAUUUGGAAGGCCGAGUACCAAAGAAACUAAAGAGUUGAUGAAGCCGUUGUACGAUCGCUACAGGAACGUCAAGAAGCUGUUAGUCAAGCUGGAACUCCGACAACCAGAGGAUGGCCAGUCCUCGUCCCUGGAUCUACAAACAAUCAAAGAGCACGAAGAAACGAAAGAAUUCCAACCCAAGCAAAUGGGCCAAUUUCACAAUCUUUACACCGAAGCAGAAGAAGCUGAAGAGGAAGAGAUGCCAGCCACAGACUUAGCCGUCACUCAGGAGAUCCGGGGUGUCCUCAGCAACAUGGACCUGGAAGACAGCUACCCGAGCCCAGCCGACAGCCGGCGCAGUAGCAGCGGCGGCAGGGAGGAGCCUACACCCGCCUCAGACGUCACCUCCAACCUCCAUGAGGCAUCACUAAGCGAACUCCUGGCCAUGCAGAACCAAUCCAGAGAAGACAAGAAGAGACUACGUAAGAUGCUGAAAGAGUUUGAGGACAACUUCUUCAAGGAGUCAGGGCGCACUGUGCAGAAGGAAGACAGGGUUCCCAUGGAAACGCAGUAUAACGAGUAUAAGCAUGUCAAGAAGCAUCUUAAGCUGCUCGAAGCGCUGGUCGCCAAACAUCGAGUCCAGGCCUCCUCUCUACCGGAAGAACUGGUUCUCGCUGACUUAUAACAGGAGCUCAGUUGCUUUCCUGUCAUGGAAAGAUGCUUCAGGUUUUGUGCACAGUCUGUUGAAAAAUUAGCAAUGUUCCAUUCCACAAUCAAUGAUGCCCUCAAGCAUUGUAAAGCUUUCUGGGGAUGUUUGCAAGGAUUCAGAGGGUCUUGCAACUAGACUCAUCUCCAUGCCACAUAGUGGUCUGAAAUUGCAUUGCACCUGAAACCAAUACAAGGUACCAUUCUGUGGACAUCCCUAAGAGGGUGACAUGACCCUCUAGUGUUAAAAAUACACAGAAUACUGCUCCUUGUAAAGACUUCACGCCACUUCCUACUGUUUGAAACAAAGCAGAUCGCUGUCUUACAAAACGGAUGGAGAUUUUUUGGAAACACAUGUCAGGAACCAAUCCACUUGUUAUGCGUCUGAGUUGCUAAUAAAAUCCAGCAAGCCUUUUUUUUCCAUAAAUGAUCUUGUGCCUGCAGUUCGUGCUCAUUUGCAGCUUCAGCAUUAAUGCUGACAUCAGCUGUGUGUUAUAAAUUACCAUGGCAACUAAAAAGCAGUGUAAAGUUGUAUGGAUAAAGUUUAUGUUGCCUUUAUUAAGCUCAGGAAGUCACCUACGCAUUGCAUCCAACAUUGUAGCAAAAUCAGUUUAGGUUCCAAACUCAAAGAGCUAUGCAGCUGGUUGUCUUUUGUUCUAUAUUAAACAGUUCACGUUGUACAUUGGCUGUAGUGUAAUCCUCUUCACUACGGUUGGAGAUUCUUGUAAGGACAAUGGAAGAUAUCUGUCUGUAAUCUGACAAUCAUUUUGGCACCAAAUCCUGUGCCUUGAGAUUUUUUGUAAUUUCUCAGUCACUCAAUUUUAAAAGUCCAAUUUUAAGUGACAGUUGUAUUGCUACAGAGCUAAAGUACUAGAUUAGUACUUCAGAGGUAAAGUACUUGAUGUGAUAGUACUGCACUGUUAAGGUUCAAGGUAAGUACUGUAGAGCUAAGUACUAAAGAUAAGCACUAUAAAGGCAAAGUACUACAGAUGUGAAGCACUAAAUUAAUAUGAAUAGUUCAGAAUUUCUUUGUGUUGUUGCAGAUAUCAGGGUGAAUCCAAAAUUGAACAGACAGCUCUUUCUCAAAAGCACUAUUUUGUACGAAAUUUGGAGAUUCUUUUAUUUAUUGAAGCAAGUUCCAGGGAACUCUUGGCAAAUUGUUCCAGAAGUGCUCAAGAUGCCUAGUGCUGUAAGCAGGAGUUUUGGAGUUCCGAACUCUUUUCCCUAUGUGAUUUUUUCUCCUUUCUUUUCUCCCUAUACGAAGCAGCCACAAAGUCUCUGAGAAUUGCCACAUGUCACAGUUGUUGGUCUGUUGCAGGCAAUUUUUAACGAUGGCUUACCAAAGGGAUUCCAAAAGUGUUAAGCUUUUUUCGGGCAUAUAAAUGGUUUUUGUCAGGGCUUGAAGAGAAAGUAUUAUGUACAGACUGAAACAGAUUGUUGUUGGUAUGUUAGAAAACAAGUUCAUCGUCAGCGAGAACUGAGUUGCUUUGUUUGAGAAAGUUGUGUACUAAAAGGGACCAUAACUGAGUCCGGGGGAAAUGAGUACUGUUGUUAGUUACUGAUAUAUUGAACUGUGUGAUGUGACAUUGUGAUUGAAGGACUUUUAAGGCCUCUUCUUGAGUGUUGCCUGUCAUGGAAAUCUGUCAGAAUUAGUUGUUUUGCAUGUGUUGGAAGAAUUCGUUAAGACGAGACAAGACACUGCCACCAUGAAGUGCAAAAAGUGAAAACAAUGUUUUAUCUGAGAAAUGUUGCAAAAUGAACAUUUUUCAAGAUGAGUACUUUGUACAUAAGAGAUUUUUUACGAAGAGUUUUCACUGUAUUAGAAUUGUUUAAGAAAAAAGGAAAGAGAAAUUUGUUGUGAAGAACAAAAUAAUCAACAAAUUGAAGUUGUUUUUGUAAGAUGUGAUUUUGGUACUUAAUUCAUGAAAGUAAGUAGUUCAAAGGUUUGUGGAAGUUGCACAUUUGGCAGAAUUUGAUUACAGUUUUAAUGAGGCUUAAUCCAACCAAUCACAGCAUGGUGUGCGAUCAAAAAUCAAUAUGAGGCCAUUUUUUGCAGUGCAUAAUGGAGGAAAGUGGACAUCUAUUUGUAGCCAACUGCAAAAUAUCAUUCAUUCAUGCACAAUGCAUAAUCUACCAAGUGGUUAAUUUAAUGAGGAUUGGCACAGCUUAAAGCUAGAACAUUUUUCUGCUGUCGACUUCCAGAGGUAUGUGUUUACGCAUGGCACCAAAAUGUGCAUGUUAAGUGAAAACAGCGACAGGUGUAUAGAUAGAUAGAAAUGCAUGCAAGAUAGCAACCCUAAAGUUGAAUAUUGACCUCAUUUACGACGACUUGGCAGAGCACUGUGAAUUACAAAUGGCCAAACUAAAACACAAGUUUGAAGGCUCUCAAACAGAAAGUUUUUAUCUGUAUUCAACAAACAUGUUGAAACCCAUUUGUGAAAGUUGUGAUCAAAUCAAAGGCUUUAUCCAGGGCCAUCAAAUGACCUUCCCAUUGUUGGCCUUGUACAUGUGUGAGCGGUUUUUAUGAAGUUGGGGGGGCAUUGUGGUAUCCCAGUCAUUUCCAGGAUGUCUGUACUUCCAAUUAAAAAUUCUAGGACAAAAUCGUUGCAACCUAGGCUACCCUGGAUGAAGGAAAUUGGUGGCUGGCCCUCCUGUGUGUCUUGACUCGUUGGAUUAACCAUUUAAGGCCUGCUGUUGGAUAGGGCUUUGAAUAUGUCGAUUACUGGACAACCGCAGCCCAGCAGUCAUGGUCAAAACAAUCCCGGCAUUAAGGGGUUAAAUGUUAGGCAGCUUUCGUGUAACAUCCUGUUCAGAUGGAAAUAUGACCUUUGAAUUUUUUUCAGGACAUUUUGUCCAUUUCCAUCGUGCACCGAGGUGUGAGGUGCAUUUCUCGUGUCAGUAAGGGUAUUAAAUGUGUUCUCUGAUAUGUGGUCCGGGUGGUGUGAUCAGUGGGAAGGGAUCACCCUCCCUUGGCUUACAUGAGCUGUAUGUCGCCCUCUGUCGUGCUACACAGGUGUAAUAAGUUGUUCAAGUGGGUGUUCUGUCCUACUGGCCAGAGAUCACGUAUCCCUCGAGAUCAGCAUCAAGUUGAUCGUAACACUUUCAGUUUCCAAAAUCAGGAAAGCGAGUAGAAAUUUCUACUUGAUGGUAAAAAAGUUUGUUCCAACUGAAGGUUACCCAUCUUGAACAAUAAUUAGUUUUGUUUUGGUGACAGCCCAAAACAGGAUUUCCUUUCUCAUACAGUGCCAUGUACUGUUACAGUUCAUCUCUGACCCCAAGCACAAGGCUAAUCUCCCCUCCCCCCACAUUGGCAUCUACUGAUAUUCAAGAUUAAGAAAGGGGGGGCGGAAGUAUGAAUAGAAGAAGACAACCAGGCUAAGGGGAAGACAGCAGGGCAUGAACAUGUAUUGCAAUGCCUGUGACAAUAUUUCUAAAAUUCUGGUUAUGGCUUUGACUAAGUGUCCUACUUUCAAGCUCUGAAGCUUGAAUCAACUCAAAUUGAGUAGCUAUGGCUUUGAGCCAUAGUCUUUCAUGUAAAGGAUUAUAGCCACAGGCUUACAAUGACAUAUCCACAUAUUGAACCUACUACCAUGUACAUGAAUUCAAGAAUGUGCCCAGGUGAGUCAAUUGAAGCAAAGAGUUUCCAAGUCCCUGGAUUUGACUUAUACCAAACCUGGGAACGCUACAAAACUAUUUAGUACUGUUAGAAAUUAUAGUGUGUAGUGCCCUUUGUGACCAAAAUUCAGAUUUAUAUGUAAACAAAAUUGUUGGGUAAUGUGCAGUUGUGAAUAUUGUAUUGUACACAUGUAAGAUAACAGAAUUCAAGCCUUUUUGAGCAAGCCUCUUUAAAAGCUGUGUACAAAGUUUUGUUUUGUUGCAUUGGAAAGAGAAGUGUUUGUUCAGUAGUUGUAACUUCAAGUCACCUCUUUCCACUUCUUAUUUUUGGUGCAUUUUGUGAAGUCUUUACCACCAAUGUAAGUGAACUGUUCAAGAGAAGGCAGAUUUGGCCACUUGUCUAUUUUUCAAUAAAAUCAGCCAAACGGA